AUGUCGAAGAUGUUGUUGAGCCAAUUGACCGUCCUGUCUCUGCUUGCCCUGGAGGCAAGUGCAUUUUGGCGCCUGCCGUGUAGGCAGAGCCUGACGGUGGAAAGGAUCGACCCACUUACACACUUUGGAAUGGUCUCGGAGCAUGUCCACACUAUCCAUGGUGGUAAUAAGUUCUCGCAGAGUGCAACUGAGGCCCUGCUGUUGGAGAGUACUUGCACGAGUUGCCAGGUCAAGCAGGAUCUGUCUGCCUACUGGACACCACAGCUGUACUUUCAGGAUGAGGCUGGCAUGUUCAAUAAGGUCAACCAGACGGGUGGCAUGCUUGUAUACUAUCUCCCCCGUGGAGAUGAUGUCAAAGCAUUCCCCGCUGGGUUUAGAAUGAUUGCGGGUGACCCCAAGCUCCGUAGCUUCCCCUACCCAGUCGUCGAGAAGUCCCUCUGGACCGCAUCCGACCGCACCGAAGCCGCCCUCCGCCAGAAAGCCGUCGGUUUCAACUGCCUCAACUACGCCGAGCCCGCCAAAGCCGCUCUCGGCCUCCGCGAGAUGCCCGCCAACAUGGCAACCGACUGCACCGACGGUCUCCGCGCCGAAGUGUUCUUCCCAUCGUGCUGGAACGGCAAGGACUCAGACAAUCACCGUGACCAUAUGAGGUACCCUUCGCUCAUGGAUGACGGCACCUGCCCCGACGGCUACGAGACCAGGCUCGUCAGUCUGUUCUUCGAGACCAUCUGGAACGUUGCGGCGUUUAAUGGCCAGGCAGGCACGUUUGUGUUUUCGUCGGGCGACCCGCUGGGAUACGGAUACCACGGCGACUUUAUGAAUGCGUGGGACGUGCCCAUCCUCCAGUCUGCCAUCGACAAAUGUACCUCUCUCACUGGUGAGAUUGGGGAGUGCGAUGUCUUUGAUCUUUACACCGAGGACGAGAUGCACCAAUGCACCAUCGAGCCGUCGAUUAAUGAGGAUGUCGAUGGCCCGCUUGCGGCGAUCCCGGGAUGCAAUCAGGUCACUUAUGGCCCUGAAGACGCCCCUGAUGGUGGCUGCCCAACUGAUGGCGAGAACGACUUGACCGACGACCCGACUAGCCCGCCUCCUACCGGCACUGCAACUGCAACUUCUACCAAGUCGACAUCCAGCUCUACCGAAAGCUCGUACUCGUCCUCGACUUUGUCCGCGGUCUAUGGCGGUAUUCCAGAUCUUGGUGCUGGUGAGGAUGAUGGCGAAGGAUACUACUCCAACUCGCACAGCUAUGGGUACGGAUAUGCACCAAGCAAGGCUGUCGAUGCUGUUGACUCGAGUGUCACAGCUGAGUCUACGCCUGCGGCGGGUGAUAACUACGUCGACCCGAAUGUGGAGGUGGUUGUGGUCACGGUUACUACGUAUACCACUGCGUCGCCGACUACGGUUACGGUCCAUGUGCAGCCCACUAAGGCGGCAUACCGCAAGAGGCACUUUCACGGCCGUCACGCUGGGCAUGGGUUGUAG